AUGACGAGAAUAAUGAAGGCAUUGACUGCUGGGCAAACGUUGGUGCCCAUGAAGCACCGUUCAAGAUAUUUGGUAUUUUUUCUUGUAAACUUUGCAAUGGCGAUUGAUAAAGUUAACGUUACCGGUGCAAUUACUAGUUUCUACUCGCUUUCACAAAAAUUUAAUGCAUCAACUGCCACAGUAUCAUGGGUUUUGUCUGUUUACGCAUUAACCAUGGGCUCUUUCAUCGUGUUAUUUGGUAAGAUAGGUGAUAUUUUUGGCCAUCAUCAUACUUUUGUCGUUGGUACUUUCAUAAUGGCUAUCUUUUCCCUAUUAUCGGCAGCAGUUGACGAAUCAAUCUAUGCAGUAAUUGUUUUUAGAGCUUUUCAGGGAAUUGCGGGUGCCGCUUUGAUCCCUUCUGGGUUUGCUUUGGCUGCCAAUUAUUUUCAGGGUCAUGAAAGAAUCAUUGCACUUAAGAUUUUGUCCUCUUGUCUGACCGGAGCCCUUGGUCUUGGUGUGGUUAUUGGUGGUGCUUUUGAUGAAACCAAAAUCGGAUAUCAAGCGCUUUUCUAUUUUACUUUUGCAGUAUCAUUUCUUAGUGGGGUUUUGCUUUAUUUUGUUAUUAUUCCCGUUGAAAAGACUGAAGGCCAUAAAAACCUAAGUUUUAAACAUUUAGACUUUUUUGGGGUAUUCUUGAUGACUUCGGCAUUAUUAUUGAUCAUCGUGGGAUUAACACAAGCUGCCACAACUUGGAACUCACCUUCCGUUUAUGUCACUAUACCAGUUGGCUUGUUAUUUCUUACCGGAUUCUUUUUGUUUGAGACUGUUUAUAUAAAACAGUUCAAAAAAAAAUUCCAGGAUUCCCUUCCCCAUGAUGAAAAAACUAGUCAAGAGAAACAAGAUUGGAGGCUAAAUCUCCAGGUUUUAUUUCCUGCAGAGCUCUUGAAGAUUCCAAACUUCUACCAACUAUUUUUCGGGAUUUUCUUGGUUAAUGCUAGUUUUGUGUGCCUACAAACUAACUUGGUAGAAUAUUACGAGUAUAUUGAAUUUCAAUCGUCUCUUAUGGCUUCCAUAAAAAUUUUGCCACUUCCCGCAGGUACCUUGGCAGGCUCUCUUCUUUUCACCCCAAAAAUCAUUGAAAAGUUGACAUUAAGAGGCUCAUUGAUAAUGGUUGGAGUUAUUGGCGUUGUUUGUUCGCUAUGGAUUUCUCGAACGGACUAUACUGUUCAUAAUUAUUACUGGAAAUUCAAUUUCGCUAGCCAGUUUUUAAUGGGUUACGUUAUCAAUAUGUAUUUUAUGGUAUUCCUUGGGGGAUUGAUGCACAACACUCCUUUGCAUUUGCAGGGAGUUGUUUCUGGAUUUGGCCAGACCGUUAUUCAAAUUGGCGCAAGUGUUGGAACGUCAUUGAUUAAUAGUGUUAUUGGAAAUAUGGAUUUUGAAAAAGGAAAUGAAACUGCAAGGCACCACGUUGCUCAGAAGUUCCAAAAGUCUUUGUAUUUAGUGACAGGGAUGAUGGGUGUUUUGACUAUUGCGAUGCUAUUUGUUUCCAACCAGAAAAAUUUCAUUAAUAACGGUGAGAAGGCAUCACAGGAAGAGGAGAGUGUUGCCAUUGAUAAUGUAUCAUUAGACCUAGAAUCUUCUAUCAAAAAGGCGGAGAUGGUGUGA